AUGAAGCAGCGAUUCUCUUCCCUCGAUGUUAAAGUCAUCGCCCACGAGCUGUCUGCCGCGCUGGUAACCCUCCGUGUCUCCAACAUCUACGACCUCUCCUCCAAGAUCUUCCUGAUCAAGUUCGCAAAGCCCGACCACAAGCAGCAAAUAUUAAUCGAUUCGGGCUUCCGAUGCCAUCUCACAGAGUUCUCCCGUGCCACAGCGGCAGCACCCACAGCCUUCGUAACCAGACUGCGCAAAUACCUCAAGACCCGUCGAGUCACCUCCAUAGCGCCUGUCGGCACCGACCGGAUCAUCGAGUUCCAGUUCAGUGACGGGCAAUACAGACUCUUCCUGGAGUUCUACGCAGGCGGGAACAUCAUCUUAACAGAUAAGGAGCUGAAUAUACUGGCCUUGCUGCGGAUUGUGGGAGAGGGCGAGGGACAAGAGGAGCUCCGAGUGGGCUUGAAGUACUCGUUGGAAAAUCGGCAGAACUAUGCAGGGGUCCCGCCGUUGACGAAAGAGCGUCUGCAGGAUGCGUUGCAGAAGUCUGUUGACAGGGGUGAUGAUGGCCUUGUGGCUGGGAAACAGCCCAAGAAGAAGGCUUCUGAUGCGCUGAGAAGAGCUUUGGCUGUUUCUAUCACAGAGUACCCGCCCAUGCUGGUGGACCAUGCUAUGCGGGUGACGGAUUUCGAUGCCUCGCUCAAGCCGGCAGAUGUAUUGCAGAGCCAAGACCUGUUAGAUCACUUAAUGCGAUCGUUGCAAGAAGCUCAGAGCGUAGUCCAGGAGAUCACAAGUUCUGAAGUGGCGAAGGGAUAUAUCAUUGCGAAGAAGAAGGAAGGAUAUGAGGAAGCUUCCCCAGAGGAUCAAGCUAGGAAGUUUGUUAUCUAUGAAGACUUCCAUCCGUUCCGCCCCCGCCAGUUUGAAAAUGACCCGGCUACAGUAUUCUUGGAAUUUCAAGGCUUCAAUAAGACGGCUGACCAGUUCUUCUCUUCGAUCGAGGGGCAGAAGCUGGAGUCUAGACUGCAAGAGAGGGAGCAAAUGGCGAAGCGGAAGAUUGAAGCUGCUAGACAGGAUCAGGCCAAGCGGUUGGGUGGACUGCAGGAAGUCCAGGAGCUUAAUAUUCGCAAAGCUGGAGCACUGCAGGCCAAUGCUGAACGAGUACAAGAAGCUAUGGAUGCAGUUAAUGGUCUUGUCGCUCAGGGAAUGGACUGGGUCGAGAUCGGCAAACUCGUGGAAAUCGAGCAGAAGAGGAAUAAUCCGGUUGCUUCGAUAAUCAAGCUGCCGUUGAAGCUCCAGGAAAACACCAUCUCGCUGCUUUUGGAUGAAGAGGAAGAUGCUGAUGAUGACGAAUCGAAUUACGAGACAGACAGUGAUGUGUCGGACAGCGAGGACGAGGCCCCAAAGAAGGAGCCGAAGCAAAAGACGGUCGAGAAGAGAUUGACCAUCGACGUUAACCUUGCAUUGUCACCGUGGGCCAAUGCGAGAGAAUAUUACGAUCAAAAACGCACUGCUGCCGAGAAGGAACAGAAGACUCUACAGUCGUCUACCAAAGCAUUGAAGAGUCAAGAGGCGAAGAUUGCCCACGAUCUCAGGAAGGGUCUCAAGCAGGAGAAGGCCGUUCUGAGACCAGUUCGGCGGCAGAUGUGGUUCGAGAAGUUUACGUGGUUCAUUUCUUCCGAUGGAUAUCUUGUUCUAGCCGGCAAAGACCCCCAACAAAAAGAGACACUGUACCGAAGGUACCUUAAAAAAGGCGAUGUAUAUGUCCAUGCCGAGGUACAAGGUGCAGCAAGUGUGGUGAUCCGCAAUAACCCCAAGACACCAGAUGCUCCCAUUCCUCCCUCGACUUUGUCACAAGCUGGAACAUUGUCGAUUUCUUGCUCAUCUGCUUGGGAAGCGAAGGCUGGAAUGUCAGCUUGGUGGGUCAACGCGGAUCAAGUUUCAAAGGCGGCCUCGACAGGAGAGUUUCUUCCAGCGGGGAGCUUCAACAUCAAAGGGAAAAAGAACUUCUUGCCUCCAGCGGUUUUACUAUUGGGCUUCGGUGUUAUUUUCCUGAUCAGCGAGGAAAGUAAGGUCAAUCAUAACAAGCACAGAUUGCAAGACGUGCCUUCUGCUUUUAGCUCGGCAGAUUCUGUGGCUGCUGAGUCGCAGACUCCCGAGCUAGAUGAGGACCAAGGAAGCAUCCCAGAUGACUACCAAGACUCCGAGGCAGAGGAGGAAGAGGGCGAAAAAUCCAACCCGCUUCAAACGCAGUCUACUCUUCCUGUUAUCUCAGACGAAGACGUCGACCAGACUGCAGACGAGACUGGCCAGCUCCAUAUCGACUACGUCUCCCAAAAGGUUCCAGCCCGAGAAGAGCCUCAAUCUGCGGACCAUUCCUCCGGCUCCGCCGAUUCCGACGACGAAAAUAUAGCACAAGCACCUUCCAUCGCUCCUAGCACUGCAGCUAAAAAAGGACCCGCGCCCCCCAAGCGCGGCAAGAAAGGCAAAGCCAAAAAGAUCGCUACGAAAUACAAAGACCAGGACGAAGAAGACCGGCUCUUAGCGCAGAAAAUUAUCGGUGCCUCCGGUGGUGCCGGGAAAGCCGCUGCGGAGGCUGAAGCAAAAGCCGCCAAGGAAGCUGAACUCGCGUUCCAGAAAGAGCGUCGCCGCGCUCAGCACCAACGCAUGCAGCAAGAUACGGCGAAGCACGAGGAGGCAAGGAAGGCCAUGCUCCAGAACAAUGGUGGUGGCGAGGCAGAAGGUGAGGAAGGCGAGGAGGAGGAGAAGGGCAAGAUGGAGGUGCUAGAACAGUUGGUAGGACGACCGAGUAAAGGGGAUGAGAUAAUAGAAGCGAUUCCGGUGUGUGCGCCGUGGGCAGCGAUGGGGAACUACAAGUACAAAGCGAAGCUGCAGCCGGGAACGCAGAAGAAGGGGAAGGCCGUCAAGGAGAUUCUGGCGCGCUGGGUCGGCGAUAUGAGUGUAGGGGGCAAAGCAAGGGUAGACGAGAAGAGCGAGGAUGCGGAGAGGAUGUGGCCACGCGAGGUAGAGCUACUGAAAGGGUGGAGGGUCGAAGAGAUCACGGGCGUGGUGCCUGUUAAGGCUGUGCGGGUUAUGAUGGCAGGCGGUGUUGCUGGGCCGGCGGGCAAAGGGGCCCAGGGGAAGAGAGGGGGGAAGGGCGGGAAGAAGGGCGGGAGGUGA